AUGAAGCCGGGUUCGAGUUUUCCGAGGAAGGCUCGAAUCAUAUAUAGUGAUCCUUAUGCCACAGAUUCAUCCACGGACGAAGAAGCCACAAACAAAGCGAAGAAUCGGAUUCCGGGUAUCAAGCGAUUCGUCAAGGAGAUUACUUUUUCGGUUGUUCCCGUCGACUCUUCGGAGGACGAUGGCAAGAGACGUCGAAAAUCUAGCACCAUGUCCACGGGCGUUCGACGAAGGCCUUCGGGCAAGUUUGCCGCGGAAAUCAGAGACCCCUUCACCAAGAACCGUCAAUGGCUUGGCACUCACGGCACUAUCGAGGAAGCUGUUGCUGCUUAUCAGAAAAGGAAACGCGAGUACAAGAUGAUGGCGACCGAAGAGAAUAAGAAUUCAUCGUCGGCUCCGCCGUCUCCUUCCUCGGUGCUCAACGUUCCGGUCAAUGUCAAUGAAGCAAGCCAUGAGAUGGACACAAUGGGAGAUCAGUACGUAGUGAAGAAAACCGUGAAAGAACACAAAUUCGUCCGGCAAUUGAAAACUAGUGUGGACCACGAGGUAUCCGUUAAAGAUUUGUGGAAGGAUGAGGCAUCGAUCACCGGAUUGUGGGAACCUCCAUCGGCUUCGGAUUCAUGGGACGAGCUCUUCGGACGGUGUGGUCCCGAGAAUCAUACGUCUGAUCUUCAUAAUGGACUUCUAUCGUAUGACAACGGCGUCGGCCACUGGCCGGAGAACAUCGAGUUGAUUGACUUGCCUGACAUGAAAAUAGACAAUGAGUACAUGGCUUGGGCGGAUGAGAUACUAACUGAAGUAGAUUUUUGCAGAUAA